GAACUGCCAUGGCCUCGAGACCUUGACUACCAACCCAUCUUAUGCAGGAUUGACUUACUCGCGAGGCCCGGCCAGCCUGUUCUCAGCUUUGUUCGCCGCCCAACGCAAUCGACUGUUCGUUUCCGCCGCUCGGAGGACUGAACCAACACCCCCGUGUAUGGCGGUGGUGAGCUACGCAUUAUAAUUUGCUCCACCGUGUCUAGGAAUCUCGCAUCGGCAAGCAUGACGUGAUGACGGUCCUUUCUUUCCUUACUUUGCUCUUCGUUGUCGCGCUCUCAUCGCUCACUUCGGCGACGUCGGACUACCACGAGAGCCUCAACCUCCAACCACUUCCGCAAUCAGCCUUGCUAGCAUCGUUCAACUUUCGAAGCAAUGAGUCCCAGGAGUCCUUCGACGAACGGCAUUUUCGCUAUUUUCCUCGCGCGCUAGGCCAGAUUCUACAGCACGCCAACACCAAGGAGCUUCAUCUCCGCUUCACCACUGGGCGAUGGGAUGCUGAGAGCUGGGGACCCCGCCCUUGGAAUGGAACCAAGGAGGGUGGUACUGGCGUGGAAUUAUGGGCGUGGAUCGAUGCUCCUGAUGAUGAAGCGGCCUUUGCGAAAUGGAUCACCCUGACCCAGUCUCUAUCGGGGCUGUUUUGCGCGUCGCUGAAUUUCAUAGACUCAACCCGAACCACCCGGCCUGUUGCCUCGUUUGAACUCAUGGGAGACCAUCCGGCUUCGAGUAACCUACAUCUUCUGCACGGGACGCUGCCUGGUGAGGUGGUCUGUACGGAGAAUUUGACGCCGUUCUUGAAGCUCCUUCCGUGUAAGGGCAAAGCCGGUGUAUCUAGCCUUCUGGACGGACAUAAGCUGUUUGAUGCGUCUUGGCAGAGCAUGUCUGUGGAUAUCAGCCCUGUCUGUCCUCGACCUGGAGAGUGUUCUGUGUAUAUUGAUCAGACAGUGGACAUUGUGCUUGACAUUGACCGGUCUAAGCGACCACGAGACAAUCCAAUUCCUCGACCAGUACCCAAUGAUCAGCUUGCGUGCGAUACAUCCAAGCCCUACCAUUCCGAUGACACCUGCUAUCCUCUGGAAAGCACAUCCGAAAAGGGCUGGAGUUUAACAGAGAUUUUCGGACGCAGUCUCAGUGGCGCUUGUCCCCUUACCGAAAAUAUCGAACAGGAUGAACCGGUCUGUCUACGGGUGCCGCAUGAACGCGAGGUUGUUGUCGCUUCAGACGCUGUGGAGACUGAGAAGCCAGAUGGCUUUACCCGAUGCUUCACCCUCCAGCCUUCUACUCCGUUCGACCUCGCAAUUCCUGAACAAGACGUCACCACACACGUACCGCUCGAUGAGCCUGUUUUGAGCGCCGAGCGGACGAUUGUUGGCCAUGGCCAAGAACGAGGUGGUAUGCGCAUCAUCUUCGACAACCCAUCUGACACCAACUCUGUCGAUUUCAUCUACUUCGAGACCCUCCCAUGGUUCCUGCGACCCUAUGUCCACACAUUGCAAGCGUCCAUUACGGGGCGUGAUGGACUACCUCGGCAAGUCCCCGCUUCGCAGUUCAUCCGAGAAUCUUUCUAUAGACCCGCGGUCGACCGAGAACGCGGCACACAGCUAGAGCUGGCAUUGACGAUUCCUCCCGCUUCGACCGUGACUCUCACAUACGACUUUGAGAAAGCGAUUCUGCGGUACACCGAAUACCCGCCGGACGCGAACCGGGGCUUCAACGUUGCGCCAGCCGUGAUCAAGCUGGGGGCAGCCAACAGUCCGAACCACCCAAUCUACAUCCGCACCACCAGCCUUCUUCUCCCACUUCCUACCCCCGACUUCAGUAUGCCAUAUAACGUGAUCAUCCUGACCAGCACCGUGGUUGCGCUGGCAUUCGGCAGUAUCUUCAACCUCCUCGUCCGUCGCUUCGUCACGGCAGAAGAGGCCGCCGCGCUGACGGCACAAACCUUCAAGGGCCGGCUAAGAGGCAGAAUAGUAGCCUUACGAGACCGCAUCAAGGGCAAGACAGCCAAGACAGAAUAGACACAAUUAAACCAUGCAUCUUGGACAUAUGCUAUACCAAUUCAAGACAAUACCAAACAUUCAC